UUGUGUUCCUGUAGGUGUGCCAAUGGUUAUUAUGGGAACCCAGUUUUGGGUAUAUCAUCUGGUGGUCAGUGUCGCCCAUGCCCAUGUCCAGAUGGCCCCCACAGUGGACGCCACUUUGCCACAUCCUGUUACCAAGACAACCGCAAUCGACAAAUUAUCUGCAACUGUAACCAAGGUUACACAGGGAUUGUUAAACGCUCCGGGGCGACCGUUUUUAAGCGCGCCCGGUGUGAAGAAUGCGCCCCAGGUUACUACGGCAACCCCUCUCAGCCGGGAGGGCGUUGUCAGCCAUGCCAGUGCAACAAUAACAUAGACAUGUCAGACAUGGACGCAUGCGACAGGCGGACUGGGGAGUGCAGGAAGUGCCUUUACAACACAGAGGGCUCCAACUGUGGCAUCUGCAGGAGCGGAUACUUUGGAGAUGCGUCCCGACGCAACUGCAGGAAGUGCAUAUGCAACUUUUUGGGCACGGAGCGCAGCCAGUGCAUGGAGCGUGAAGACUGUGUGUGCCAGCGUGCCACGGGCCAGUGUCAAUGUCUGGCAAAUGUCGUAGGUCUGGCAUGCGACCACUGCGCCCCCAACCACUGGAACCUGGCCAGUGGGAACGGCUGUGAAGCGUGCAACUGUGAUCCCAACAACUCUGUCACAUCCUCCUGCAAUGAAUUUACAGGGCAGUGUCAAUGCCGAGAAGGGUUUGGAGGAAAGACUUGCACAGAAUGUGAGGAGAAUUUCUGGGGAGACCCCCGGACUCUGUGCAGAGCGUGUGACUGUGACUGGCGAGGGAUUGAGACGUCUCAGUGUAACCGCGGGACCGGACACUGUGUCUGCCGACAGGGGGUGUCGGGCGUUCGCUGCGACCAGUGUGCCAGAGGCUUUGCCGGCCAGUUUCCCAACUGCCAGCCCUGUCACCAGUGCUUCGGAGACUGGGAUCGGAUAGUGCAGGACCUGGCAGUACGCACAAAGACUCUUGCGGAGCGGGCCAAUGAGAUUCAAAGCACUGGGCUUAUUGGACCUUAUGAGAAAACCUUCAAAGACCUGGAGGCGAAGCUGGCUCAAGCUCAGGCCAUCGUCAACGCAAGAAAUGCCACGACUGCAGCUGUGGCUACUCUGAUGGCUCUUAUUGAGGAUCUCAGGGCACAAAUUGGUGAGACAACCGAAGCCCUAAACCAUGUGGAGGGAGAUUUAACAAUCAUCCAGGAUCGAAACUCUGACGCAAGCAAGGAGCUGAAUACUCUGGAGCGGGAGGCUCGAGAACUGAACCUCACAUCGGAGCAGCUGAAUCAUCAACUGGAUAUCCUGAAAAACUCAAAUUUCUUAGGAGCGUAUGACAGCAUCCGCAGCUCCUACAACAUGUCUCGAGACGCUGAGCGACGGGCCAACCAGUCAACCACCACCAAGCCUAACACAGUCAGUCAGUCAGCAGACACUCGCCGCCGCACCGAGCGCCUGAUUGCCGGGAAGAAGGACGACUUCAACCGGAAGAGCACAGCAAACAAGCGGGCUCUGGGGGAGCUGAAGGCCCGAGCCCAGGGUCUGGACAUGAAAACGCUCAAUGAGAAGAUCUGUGGUUCUCUAGAUGAUGUUCCCUGCACAGAGAACCCCUGUGGAGGAGCUGGCUGCCGUGACGACGAAGGGAACCGUCACUGCGGAGGCCUGAACUGCAAUGGAGCCGUGGCCGCAGCUGACAAUGCUUUGGAGAGAGCCAAACAUGCAGAGAAGGAGCUGAACAAAGCCAUGGGGGAGAUGCAGGAACUAUUCACCAAGGUAAAGGAAGCUAAGGCCAAGGCAGAGGAGGCUAAGGGUAAAGCCCAAGCUGCUCUGGAUAAAGCCAAAGCCACAAAGAACAAAGUGGAGCGCUCCAACAACAACCUCAGAGACCUGAUCAAACAGAUCAGGGACUUCCUCACUCAGGAGGGAGCCGAUCCAGACAGCAUCGAGGUGGUGGCGAACCAUGUGCUGCAGCUCUCCAUCCCCGCCUCACCGCUACAGAUCAGACAACUCGCCGACGAGAUCAAGGACCGCGUCCGCAGCCUGUCCAACGUGGACGCCAUCCUGCAGCAGACACAGGAUGACGUUCAAAAGGCAGAGAAACUGUUACUGGACGCCAAGAGGGCAAGGCAUCGUGCUGAGGGUUUGAAAAGCACAGCGGAGACUGUGAAGCAGGCCUUGGUGGAUGCUAAGACAGCCCAGACUUCAGCUGAGAAAGCCAUAGCGAGUGCCAGGGCAGACAUCAGAGACACUGAGAAUCGACUGGCUGAGAUUGAGACAGAAACCUCCAACAGUGAGAAGAACCUGGAUGAUGCAAUGGGUCGGCUUGGCACACUUGAACAAGAGAUCAAUGUGCUGAAGACCAAGCGAGCCAACAACAGCAUGGCAGCAGCCCGAGCUGAAGAGACGGCCACCAUGGCCCGGGACAAGGCAAACGAAGCCAAGCAGAUUCUAGACGGCCAGCUGACAGACAAAUUCAACGAGGUGCAACAACGAGUGGACACCAAGGCCAAGGCCGUGCGGGACGCCAAGAAGAAGGCAGAGAGUCUCCGAGAGGAAGCCAAGGAGCUCCUCAACGAUGCUCAGAAUAAGCUACAGAAACUAGCAGAGCUGGAGAAAAACUAUGAGGAGAACCAGAGGAAGCUGGAGGGGAGAGUCCGGCAGCUGGACGGUUUGGAGGACAAGAUGAGGAGCAUCCUCAAUGACAUUAACAAACAGAUCCAGAUCUACAACACAUGCCAGUAAACGAGCCCCUCCAAAACCGCAAGGAAAGACGUCCACUACUGUUAUUUUAUGUUAGAUAUAUAGAGACAUGGUGCUAGGCUUUCAAGGGAAAAUAAAUCUCUCUGCAAGCCAGUGUCCAUAUGGUGAACCCAGUUAGUGUUUUCCAUUCAAAUGGAAAUGGCUAAUUCUUACAUUAAAAAAAACAUAGUAACGACAAAGGAUGUUAAAGUUUGUCAAUGAGCACAUAUAUUACUCACAUUUAGUUUGUGGUUAAUACUGUUGUUUUAAAUUUGGAACACAACUUUGAAUGUUUGCAUUUAAGUUUUCAAAACCAAUAUGUAUUAUUCCAGAGUUCACUAUAGAACUAAGAGUGGUAUCUUUGAAUCACCAUAACAACUAUUUGGCUGCAAACAGCUACAAUGCUGUGGACAUGCUUCUGUUCCAUAGGUGCAUUACAUCAUAAAAGCCAUGGAAAGGGCUAAAAAAGUUAAAUAAAAAUCAGGUCAACUCCUCCAGUACGCUGAAAACAGUUUGACAUCGGGACUUUCAGAAGGAUAAUGAUCUACGAUAUUUGGCCAAACCAACGCAGAAGUGGAGCACCAGAUCCAAAAUCAAUUUUCCAUAAACAUCCAAGGCCACAAUCCUUCAGAAACCAUGUGGGCUAUUUACGAGAGAAUGGGUAUCCAUAAUUGUGCCACUUGUCAAAGAUUUUUUUUUUUCACAUGGCAUUAUUUUCUCACUAAAUAAUUUUACUGAAAGUACAAAUUAAAUUUGUAAUACAGUUUUUCAGUGUGAGCUUGAGCUGAAGUUGGAAGUGUAUUCUGAGCUGAGCUCAGCACCAUGUUCUGAGCUCAUGGUGCUACAGAAAAUAAGAUUUUAUUUUCAUCAUGAUUAAAAUUCAAAUAAUGCAAAAAAAAUUCUGCACAACACACUACUUUUGAGAUGAAUAGGUGGAACUAUUCACUGGUGACAGUGAACCUAAAGAAAUGACAGUGUGGUCUAGUGGUGGCCAUUUGUAUAAAACAUUGCUGGCAACACACUAUAGCCAUUUGAAUAGCUUCAACAAACAGGAUAAAAACACAUAGGAUAAAUUUAAACAAAAACAGAUUUAAAACAACAAAUAUUAAAUUCCAUUCAUUUCAGAAAUACUUUAUUAAUCCCAAAGGGAAAUUAAAUGUUUUAACUCAUUAAUUUAGAAUGGUGACGGCUGUUGGCAGAAAAGAUCUUCUGCAGCAGUCUGCACUGCACUGAAUCUGAAGAAGCCUCUGACUGAAGAAGCUCUGCCUUGCCAAGACAGUAUCGUGAAGAGGAUGGUCAGAGUUGUUCAUGAUUUUCUUGAUCCUAUGAAGAAUCCUUCUUUGCAUAAUAAUCUCCAGAGGUUCCACAGUCAUCCCCAGAACAAAUCCAGCCUUCUUUAAUCAACAAUCAUUUCCUUUGUUUUGUUCGCAUUUAAGAUGAGAUGAUUGUUCCCACACCAUGCCACAAAGCGGUCCACCAGAUCUCUGUACUCAGCCUCUUGUCCAUUUCUGAUACACACAACAACUGCUGAGUCAUCUGAGUAUUUCUGUAGAUGACAGAAGUCAAACUUGUGCUGGAAGUCUGAAGUGUACAGGGUGAAAAAUAUGGUCAACAGGCUGCAGAGUGGAAUAGUUGGUAGCACUGUUGCCUUGCACCAAAAAGUUCUGGGUUCAAAUCCCAGCCUGGUGUCUUUUUGCACGAUCUGCCUGUUCAUUCGUAGGUUCUCUCCGGCUUCCUCCCACUCCGCAAUGAGCGGUAUAGACAAUGAAUGGAUGGAUGGAAUAUGGUCAACAUCAACCUGACAUUGUUUAAAAAUGUUUGCAAAUGUAACAUUAGAUAUUACAUUUACAGAGUAUAAUGGAGUAUGUGACCCUUAGGCAUAAAGGUUGAAGCUGUUUUUAAAAUGGACUGGAAUAAAAUAGAAAAAAGCCAUUAGGCACUGCUGAGAUACUGAAUGUUUCUCACAUGCUGUAUUUUGUGACGGAACAAGCUAGACCUGCAGUUACUGAUCUCUGAUGCUGAAGUGAAAGAAGUGAAAUACUGGUUUUAAAAGUGCCUUUUGCUGUCAGUAUUGUGGACAAUUGGCAUUGUGCAUGUGAGUUUGAGUUUUUCAAAAUGUGACUAGUGCAAAAAUCUUUUCUUUUUUUUCUUCUUUUUUUACAUAUUUCAGUAUCAAUGACUGGUCAUUGGCAAUGGAAACACCAAAGGUACCUUGUUAAGUUUUACAGUUUUCUGAAUAAAGAUGAAUAUGAAGUC